UAACUUGCUAGUAGUGUCAACUGUCAAGUAAGACCAAGAAAAUAAGAAAGAAAAAAAUUAGCUUUGUUUCUUCUGAAGUUUCCUUUGUCUUCUCCAAAUGGAAUGGACGAGGGGACGAACAAUAGGCCGCGGCUCGUCCGCCACCGUACCCGCCGCCACUUGUCACAAAUCCGGCGAAAUCAUCGCCGUGAAAUCCGCCGAGCUCUCACGGUUGGAUCUCUUGCAAAGAGAAGCCAAGAUUCUGUCAUCUCUGAACUCUCCAUACGUUGUCGGAUACAGGGGAUGGGAAAUUACCAAAGAGCCCUGCGGCGCCACCACGUCCAACCUCCUCAUGGAGUACGCUCCGUACGGAACGGUGGCUGAAGCGGCGGCGAAGAACAACGGCGGCGGCGGAGGACUCGACGAGAGCCUGAUCGUGAAGUACACGCGCCAGAUACUCCGAGGAUUGGAGUAUCUUCACUCCAAAGGUAUCACUCAUUGCGACGCCAAGGGAAGCAAUGUCCUAAUCGGAAAAAACGGCCACGCCAUGAUCGCGGAUUUCGGGUGUGCGAAACGGGUCGACUCGUCCGAGCCGAUUCGUGGGUCUCCGGCGUUCAUGUCCCCAGAGGCGGCACGUGGAGAGAAACAGGGGAAGGAAAGCGACAUCUGGGCCGUGGCUUGUACGGUCAUCGAGAUGUCGACCGGAUCUCCGCCGUGGACGGCGGAUUAUGGAGAUCCGGUUACGGUUAUAUACCGGGUCGGAUAUUCGGGUGAGUCACCGGAGAUACCUAGAUUUCUUACGGAACAAGCAAAGGAUUUCUUGGAAAAGUGUCUCAAGAGAGAACCAGAGGAGAGGUGGACCGCGAGGCAACUUCUUAACCAUCCAUUUGUAGCUAAACCACCAGACGCUGAACCGGGUCCGAUAACCGGUCCGACAUCGAAUUCGCCGACGAGUGUGGUGGAUCAGUUGUUUUGGAGAUCGGUGGAGGAAGAGGAAGAAGAUCUGGACCGUUCAAGUAGGUGGGCGUCUCACGAGGAGAGAAUCGGACGGUUGAAGUGGGCCGGUUUCGAGGGGCCCACAUGGGAUUUGGAGUGUGGGGAUUGGGCUACAGUAAGGGAGAGAUUGGGUCACAUUGUGAGUCGAUGAUGAAGAUUAUAAUGACCUGAAACGUUAGAGAGAUUAUUAUUAGGUCAGGGAUUAGUCGACAAUGUAUUUCGUUCGUUUGUGAUGUAAUAAAUCAUUCAUUAUUUUAUUUUUU